AUGUCAUUCUGCCGUGGUGUCAACACUCUCAAAGUGUCAGCGAAGUUAUUUGCCGAAAAUCGAGCUCGUCUUGUUGCAGCACUCAAGCGCGUAGCUCCGAGAAGUGUUGUGCUGCUACAGGGAGGAACCGAAAAGACUCGCUACAAUACUGACGCAGAAGAUUUACCAUUUAGACAGGAAUCCUACUUCUUCUGGACUUUUGGUGUCCACGAAAGCGGUUUCUUUGGAACGGUCGACGUUGAAUCAGGGAAAUCCUGUCUUUUUCCUCCAACUCUCGAUCCCAGCUAUGCUAUAUGGGAUGGAAAGAUCAACGAUGAAUCCUACUUCAAGGACAAGUACGAAGUCGACGAAGUUCAUUUCCAGAGUAAGAAUGUUAUAAGUGACUACAUCAGAGGACUAGGAGCAAAAAAAGUUCUGCUUUUGAGAGCGGAAAACAGCGACAGCGGUAAUGUUCUUGAGCCGCCAACAUUCGAUGGCAAAGAGUCGUUUGACGUUGAUGUUAAGAAGCUGUACCCAAUCAUGGCCGAAUUACGCGUCUACAAAACGGAUUCGGAGUUGGAGGUAAUGAGAUACGCAAGCAAAAUCGCAUCAGAAGCUCAUCGUUCGGUCAUGAAGGCGGUACGUCCCGUGUAUGAGUCCAAUUGGAAAGUGUUUUUCGCCACACCUGCUACUAUCAUGGUGGAUGUCGUCAUCUCGCUUAUACAUGUAUUGCAGCAUCGAUGCAAUGGCUCAGUUCUCCACUAUGGGCAUGCCAAUGCUCCCAAUGAGAAGGAGAUAUACGAUGGAGAUAUGUGUGUGAUAGAUAUGGGACCGGAGUAUAAUUGUUACGCAUCUGAUAUCACGACAUCAUUCCCUGCAAAUGGGAAGUUCACUGACCAACAGAAAAUUGUAUACAAUGCCGUGCUCGACGCGAAUCGAACUGUCUUCGAGGCAGCUAAGCCAGGUGUUCGAUAUACUGACAUGCAUAUUCUAGCCGAAAAAAUAAACUCACACAUCUCGAGGGCAGGACUUUUAACAGCGCCAGACUCGGAGCCGUAUUCAUGCCCCAUGGCCUUGGUCAUUUCAUUGGUCUUGAUGUACAUGACUGAUGCGCUGCCGCGCUCGAAGCUUCCUGGUCUAAAGUCCCUGCGUACAACAAGGAAACUCAAAGAAAGAAUGGUUAUUACGGUCGAACCAGGUUGUUAUUUUAUUGACACUUUGUUGGAUGCCGCUUUGGAAGACCCAAAACUGUCGAGGUUCCUAGUGAAAGAGGAAAUUGACAAAUAUCGCGGACUGGGAGGGGUACGUAUUGAAGACGACGUUGUCAUCUGGGCGGAUGGUAACGAAAAUAUGAGCGAUCUUCCAAGAACAAUCGAGGAAAUCGAGGAGUUUAUGUCAUCUGGAGAGCAUGACGAUUCUACAAUUAAGCAGCAUAUCUGCGAUCACCUCAACAGGCACUAA